AUGUCUUUCCAAGAAUCAGUAGAGAAGCCUUCGCUUUCGGCUAAACUUAGCAAUUCAACGAAAGAAGUAGCAUUCACGAACGUGGCCAAGGCAGAAGAUAACACUCUACCUAAAACUAUCGAAGGAAAUGCACCACUUAGUCGUUUACAAGAAGCACGUAAAGUGUUGGCAGCAUCUCAUAAAGUUCCGAUAUCAAAUACUACUUCUCCAACUGAUAGCACGCUUUCGCCAUGUACAAAGAAAUUGACAGCGACGAAAUUGAAGAGAUAUGCAAGGGCCAAACCAAGGUUCUUGAGUAAAGCUCUGUUUAAAGCACACGAUGAGGAGAAGACAGUCGAGAAGACUGAAGUGUGA